AGACACCAACCUCCCAAUAUUCAAGAGUUCUCGCACGCUAUCUCCUCUUUUCAAGAUCUCUCUGUUUUCUAAUCUUUCAUUACAGGACAUCCUUCUUCUGUCUCAUUUCGAAUGAGUUAUGUUUGAAUCGCAAGAAAUGAAGACGAUUCUUCGAUCAGUCAGCUUUAAUAAUGACAAUGAAUCGGAUUCAACCAUCACCGAACCACCAGAAACUAGAAAGACCAUGUACAAUAGAUCUCUUAGCAUGAAAGGGACACAAAGACCUAACCUUUCUUCAGAAGACGUGGAGGACAAUCUUUCCUCAAAGCCUCUAACUUUUAUGAAAGAAGAUGACAAAUAUAAGAUACGGCAAUGGAAACCUCUAUCCGUAAACGAUCAUGUAAACGAGUUUCUAGCGUUAAUAAGUGACGGUAGAUACCAAGCUGCGUUAAAGCUGCAGAAGGUUUAUAGAAGCUUUCGAACCAGGAGGAGGCUAGCUGAUUGUGCUGUGGUGGUUGAGCAAAGAUGGUGGAAGGUUCUUGACUUUGCUGAGCUUAAAAGAAGUUCUAUAUCGUUUUUCGAAAUUGAGAAGCAAGAGACUGCUGUUUCACGCUGGUCUAGAGCAAGAACAAGAGCUGCUAAGGUGGGUAAAGGCUUGUCAAAAGAUGAGAAAGCUAGGAAGUUGGCUUUGCAACACUGGCUUGAGGCUAUCGAUCCUCGACAUCGCUAUGGCCACAAUCUGCAAUUCUAUUACCAUGCUUGGCUUCAUUGUGACAGUUACCAACCCUUUUUCUAUUGGCUUGACAUAGGAGAAGGAAAAGAACUGAACCAUGAAAGAUGUCCAAGAACAAAACUAUACCAACAAAGCAUCAAGUAUCUUGGUCCGACUGAAAGAGAAGAGUAUGAAGUGGUGAUUGAGGAUAGUAAACUAAUCUAUAAAAAAAGUGGGAUAGUUCUGGACACAAAAGAAGGUCCUCCAGAUACAAAGUGGAUCUUUGUCCUAAGCGUGUCUAAGAUAAUGUAUGUUGGUAUGAAGAAAAAGGGAAACUUUCAACAUUCUAGUUUUCUUGCUGGAGGGGCUACCUUAUCUGCUGGUAGGAUUGUGGUUGAUGAAGGUGUUCUUAAGGCAGUUUGGCCUCACAGUGGACAUUAUCUACCAACAGAAGAGAACUUUCUGGCCUUCAUGUCGUUUCUUAGGGAGAACAAUGUUGACCUCACUGAUGUAAAGAAGAGUCCAGAUGAAGAUGAUGGAGAACAUCAUUUCAAGGUCAAGAGAAUGCCUUCAAAAAUCAAAGAGGUUGAAGAAGAACCGUGUGACUUUGUGGACGCUGAGACUGGUUUAAGUCCAAACGCUAAACCCAAAAGUCAUGCAGAGCUGCAUACAUUAACAAGGUUUCAUCCAAAAGACAAGGGCAUGGCUGAGGAUGAUCAAGAUUAUGAUGAAGAGGAGCCUGAAACGCCUUCAGAAGAAGGGUAUGAGACAGCAGAGGAGACAUUCAUAGCUGAGGAAGAGUUUGCAUAUCCAAAAUCUCAUCUGUUUGAUGAAGACAUUGAAGAAUAUGAGAAGCCUGUACCUAAGGAGAAGAUAAUGAAGAGGAUAGAUUCACACAAAGGACUCAAAUCUUACCAGUUAGCUGAGAGGCUGCACUCGAGGUGGAGUACUGGUGCAGGUCCUAGGAUCAGUUGUAUGAGAGAUUACCCUUCAGAGCUUCAGUUUAGGGUUCUUGAACAAGCUCAGCUAUCUCCAAGAGCUUCGAGCUCUUCAAACCCAUCUCCUUUUGCUCCGGUUAGAUCACGUGGAACAAGUCUUGGGAGAAGUCCUUUCUCUCAAGAACUUGAGAGGCUUUAGGUCUGUGUAUAAAGGAUACGUACGAAGCAAAUGGACCUGUGAUGAAGUGGCCGGAUUGAGUAUUUUUUUUUGGUUAUGUAAGGUGCAGAACUAAGGGCUUGAAGAAUGAUCUUCUUAUUAGGUGUGUGACUUGUUUCACAAGUCACAUUUUCAUUAUAAAUUAUUUUUUUCAUAUUUUUGUCCUGUGAAUAUUUUGUAAUUUUCUGAAUCAUAUAUUGAUAUUUUUACCCUUUAACUGAUUUUUAUUUUUCCAUGGAAAAAACAAACAGAUUAGCUGAAAAUUAAAAAAAAAGCGGUUGGAUAUUAAGGUGUGAACUAAGGGCUUAAUUGCUUAAAUGAAGUAUGAUCUUCUUAUUAUGUCAAUAGCGUAUAGAAUGUCAGAUAUAUUGACAAACCUUGUUAUUGAGACCCAACAUAGAUUUUUCUCAUAAAAACAAAUAACAAAUAGGAUCAAAUUUUAUAUAUAUUUUACUUACUCCUAAUAAAUAGCUCAGAUACGUUGUCUUCUACAGGAACUAGAUGAACAAAUGAGAAUCAUAACUAGUCAAACCCACAUGGAAGUUUUAGAAUGCAGAUCACUAACAGAGGAGCAGAAGAUGAUGAGGUUAUGAAACAUGUUGGUGACAUAAGCACAUGUAACAUGCCAUUGCUUUAGGAAAAAAUGCAUGGUGGCAUUCCCAAGCUCAAGCUUGACAACGGAUUUGAAAAUGGGAAGAAAAAACUGUGCGAAUUCUUGAACCAGGACUCAUUUGAUAUGACACAGGUAUAAGGUUUUUGCGAUACCAAGGCCUUGCCUGAUCUGUUGUUUGAUCUUGUUCCUUCGCUAUUCUGUUGCAUUAACUUCAAUUAACAGUUUCAUACUUUCAUUGUUUGGUGUUAUAUACAAUUUUAUCAUACCACUGUACAUCACUUGACCAAACACAGUCUCGAUUGUUGCGGCAGUAAAGAACACACAGGCUCGAUUGUUGCGGCAGUAAAGAACUUUAUACUAGUCAUGUACUCAUCACGUAUAUAUCAAAAGAGUAUCGUGGCAGAAAUUCAAGGGAAAAUAAUGGUAAUAAAUCAAAAUAAUAAUAUCUCACAUGCAACAGAUUCUGAUGCAGAAGGGAGCUGAAUCAUAUCAACCAAACACAAACAUUCAUAGGGGUUUUAAAGUUCAUUGACCUCAGUUGCCUAUAUUACACUAUUCGAAGGGAGGAGCUCAAAUCGAUUUUCAAGAGAAGCAACCUGGAACACAGAUGCGUUGCACCAAAUCAAAUAAGCAGAGAUCUU